AGCCAGGCAACAAACUUGCUUCAAGAGACGGGGACACAAGUGAAGAACAUGGCUCAAGGAGCAGCAGGAAGUGCAGUGAACAUAGCUCGAGGAGCUGCAACUGGUGCAGCAAACAUGGCACAAGGCGCAGCUGAUGCGGUCAAAAAUACUCUCGGAAUGAAUCCUCCACACAACACUAGUAACACUUCUAGUGGCAAUUAUCUUAACCAGCCAGGCACUAUCAACUUCGAUGAUGACUUCCCAACCAGUACCACAACCCUCCCAGGCAAUACAAAUUAUCCAAUCAACCCACACAAUCCUAAUACCGGCAUUUAAAUUCU